AUGAUGUCUAGGCCAUUCGCCCGCAGCAGCGGUGGCUGUUGGACGUGCCGCAUCCGCCACCGAAAGUGCGAUGAGUGUUCCCCAGCGUGUAAAGAAUGCACAGAUCGACACAUCAAAUGUCACGGGUAUGGACCAGAGCCAGACUGGGUCAAGGAUUCAGUCAAGCUCCGAGCAGAAUUGCAGCGCAUUAAGCACGCUGUAAAACAGAAUUUCCGACAAACCCGGAAGCUGCAAGCUGCACGGAGUCCGCAGAGUGCCCUGAACGUCGCCGCGAAUACACUUAAAGAUGAUAAUGCAACUCCUUCGACGACCAACGACGAGUUCAGAGAAGCAGAACUGCUUAUGCAUUACCUCGACUACAUAUUUCCACUUCAAUAUGCAUAUUACGUCGACAAACCGGCUACUGGAGGCAGAGGCUGGCUAUUCUGGCUACUGUCGAAGAGAGGCCCAUUACGCCAUGCUGCCUUCACAUUAUCCGCCCUCCAUCAACACAGCACGUCCCAUAGCAAAACGGAAGCUAUGGAGUCAGAGCUCAUACGAUAUCAUACAAGCGCAAUGCAAGAGCUUCGGCAGGUUCUUAGUCACUGUGAGCCAGACGGAUUUGCAAACCACCCUGAGCACAGGGUCGAAUUCCUUACGUGCGGAACCUUCCUGAUCAGCUUUGAGAUCUUCCAAGGAGGAACGUCGAAGUGGGAGCCACAUCUCAAUGCUCUUGUGUCGGUUGCCAGUCAGAUAGAUCUUGGAACCGCUAGUGUAAUAGAUGUUCAUUCACCUGGAGCAGAACCAGGGCUGACAAGAAUGAUAAACGCCGCCACAAGGUUUCAUAUGGCGCAGCUACUGUGGUUUGAAUUAACAUCCUGCGUAGCCACUGGCAAAGCUCCCAAGUUACCUUAUCGAGAAUGGUUGGAUCUGGAGGAUUUAGAUAUGUCUUGUGUUAUGGGUAGCCAGAACUGGGCCAUGCUCGCUCUCGGUGAUGUUGCCGUGCUGGAAACGCAACUAAGAGAGAUGAGCCCCGGUAUUUUAGCGCAGCAAGUGUCGGGUAUAAUGCACAGACUUCGCCAUGGCAUCGAGGAUUUGAACAAAUAUGACCACGAGUCUCCGGCAGCCAUAGUAUGCCAAGCAGUCACCCGCGUUUACGCAACUGCCAUUUUCGUCCAACUUCAGACACUAUCAGCAACUGAUGAUGAGUUUGAAAAGGAGGUUUUUGAAGCAGUGGAGGAGGUGAUCGACGCCAUACAGAGGGUACCGAAAGGCAUAUCUCUAAGAGGAGUGACAUGGCCAUUGUGUGUGGCUGGGGCCCCGGCCAAAGAUGAACAACAACCAUUUUUCAGAAGUCUCCUCGAAGAAAUCCUUGAAAUAUCCGGCACCGGGUUCACAAAUUGUGGCACAGUACUUGAAAUAUUAAAAGAAAGCUGGAAGCAUCAAGAUGGGCACCGGCAUGAUAGACACGCUGCUAAAAGUGCGAUGGAGCGACUAGGAAUUAGCGCUUUACUGGUCUAA